GGGGUGCGACGAGACUGCGGCUGCGCAAGUGGAGGAACGCGAGCGUGGAUGCCUUCCCCAACCUGGCGCCCUCCUUAAUACGCUGACCUACCAUUCCCCCGUCCUCCAUCAGGCGGUUGAGGAUGAUGGGUUCUGUGCCAGCGCAUUUAGAAGCGGACAGGCUGGGGACAGCCGCUUUGCAUCUCCAUAAGAGGCUGAAAAGGGACUGAUGGAUGUUGUGGUACAGCACAUCUGGCUGUCUUGUAAAGCAAGAAGAGGCUGUGUCAUGAAGGUGAAGCUGAAAAAUGUUUUUGUCAUCUACUUUCUGGUGUCUGUGAUUGGCCUCAUGUAUGCAUUGCUGCAACUGGGACAGCCCUGUGAUUGUAGUCAAUACCUGAAGGCAGCUAGUGACCUCAUCCAUGUCAAGGAGAAGCGACUGUCCCAGUUGCAAAAAGAAGUGAAGCGGCUACAGGGUCUGGAAAAGCUGCCGGGGCCAGUAGAAGAAAUACCUGUCAUUUAUGUGAUCACACCCACCUAUGCUAGGCUGGUUCAGAAAGCAGAACUGGUGCGUCUCUCCCAGACACUGAUGCAUGUGAAGAACCUGCACUGGAUUGUGGUCGAGGAUGCACCCAGCAAGACCCCUCUGGUCUCAGAGUUGCUGGUCCAGAGGAACCUGCCUUUUACCCACCUCCAUGCCGAGACCCCGAAGGAGCACAAGCGGAAGGAGAGCGACCCCAACUGGCUGAAACCCCGCGGGGUGGAACAGCGCAAUCUGGCGAUACAGUGGUUGCGGGAGAACCGCCAGCUCACUGACCCAGGCGUGGUGUACUUUGCCGACGACGACAACACGUACAGUCUUCGCCUCUUCGAUGAAAUCCGCUUCACCAAGCGUGUCUCGGUGUGGCCCGUAGGCCUGGUGGGGGGCCUCCGCUUCGAGCGUCCUCUGGUGGAAAACGGCAAAGUGGUGGGUUUCUACACGGCUUGGAAGCCCAACCGGCCCUUCCCGAUCGACAUGGCUGGGUUCGCCGUGGCCCUGUCGCUGCUGCUGGCCAACCGCGAGGCUCGCUUCGACUUGCUGGCCGAACGGGGCUACUUGGAGAGCAGCCUUUUGCAGUCGCUGGUCUCGAUGGAAGAGCUGGAGGCCAAGGCGGACAAUUGCACCAAGGUGCUGGUCUGGCACACCCGGACGGAGAAGCCCAAGAUGAAACAAGAGGAGCUUCUGCAGAAGCAGGGCCUCGGCUCCGAUCGCAGCAUCGAGGUGUGAGAGCGGCUCCCGUCCAGGUACCACAACGGGGGGCGUCUCUGCGGGGCCAGAGAGCCCAACCCAGCUGGAAUAGUCACAGACACAGGAUUGUUUUGAACCCUCGGUAGAGUGAAUGCACUUUUUUAAUUUAUGAAGGCAGAGUCCUGUCCUUGCCCAACUCUCUGUGUGUGCUGGGGGGUGGGUGGGGGGUGAGAUGCCUUACAAGUCACCAGGAAGAAGUCUUCUACAAUCAAGUGUUCAAAUAAAUAUGGACUGGGGGAAGAUAGAGGCCCCAGUCCCGGGGAGAGGCUGGUCCCUGUCUCUGCUAGUUGUGUGUGUCUUAGUAUCGUCCACGUGUCCUCAAGGCUGCUCCAAUAAUAUGCGUGUGAACCUUUCAACGUGUCAACUCUCACACCUUCCCCCAAAGACUCUCUGAACGUAGGUCUGCUCUAAUAAAUCCAGAUCAGCCAACUAACCAUCCUCGGGUCUCCGCUCCUUCCGAGCGGCAGUGGACCAGGCCCGCAGUCCCCCCAUUUCAAAGUCUGGCCAGGCUUUCUUUAUAGUGUAUUAUGGGUUAUUGGGUUUGGGGCAUUGGGAUAGGUGAACUUAAACCAGCUGUGGCUUCGACAUAAGAUGGUGGUUGAGCAAACCAGGGUUUAGCACGAAGUGGGAAACCUUGGCUAAUAUUGCGCCUCCUGGACUUUUCCCCUGCAUUUGGGGGAAAUUAUGCUGUUUUCACCAUCCUGGUUGUGUUUCUUUCCCUCGCGUUUGCGCUGGGGAGGUGAACAUCUCCCUUGCCACUAGAUUGCAAAGAUCUUCCUGGAAUUGCCCACCCCGUAAAACCUGGCAGGCCAAAAUCUUUGCCGCAUCGGAACCAGUUUUAUUUCUCGGAUGCGCCUGGAAUGACCAAGCGACUGUGAGUCUUGUCCACUCGGACGCUUCACGUGGGGAUGACAAUCUAACCUGGGGGCCCAGAGUCAACUUGAGGGGCUAAAUUUGCCCCAGCUUGAUUGGUACCGCAGGAGACGAGGUGAGCCAAGAACAGUUAAGCCAGAAUGAUCAGCCUGGUGCUGGUAUGUUCUUAAGUAAUGUGGCAUUUACUCAUCACGUGGCCACACCCAGCUUUUGCAUCCUUUAGAGCUGAGCUAAGAGAAGAGGUGUGUCUUCCAAAGCCACUUGAGCCUCCACCCAAAAUUUUCCCCACGCAAAGAGUCGCUGUUGAUUGAUAUUUCGGGAACCAGAUUCCUUGUUCACAUAUUGCUGAAUUAAUUGAUGCAAGAGCUGCCAUCUGCGCUUGAGUUCUCUGUGCAUCGUGUCGUUGCCGCGGUCGAUCACCUAAGCCACAACUGACUGGAGUCCUGCCCCGUGCUAAGCCCCAACCCAUCGUUCACAAAACCAGAAUGGCCGAGUUUACCUUGUGCCCUGAACUAUCAUGUCUUCUGUUGGAUUGUCCCUUAAUGUCUUGAGUGUCAACCUAAAACUUCAUGGUUUUUAAGCCCCAGAUCAUGGCUUAGCCUAGGGCUAUAGACAUCACGAGUACUUGCUUGAGUAGAAAAGCAGAGCAUAAAUCCAAUAAACUGUGUCGUAAGGAUGCGGCUGCUGGCGAUUUAUUUCAACUGCGGUUCAUCCACAUUGCGUGGGUGUCGGUAGCCGGAAUAUUUUGGAGUCGGAGGAUGGGUUCACCCACUAAGCCGUGAUGGGUUCAGCUUCGCGGGUUGUGUGAAUGUGAUUCCUUGUGGUUGAUGGCAUAAAUGAGGCAAAAUCACGGUGCCGGUGAGUCAGGAUCCAUGUCCAGCCUCCGCAGUGGCUUCUUACAAGUUUCUGCAACUUGAUCUUCACAGGAUAUUAGCAGGGAGAUCGGCGUAUGAACCACGAAGCUGCCGACGCUUGGCCAAAACAGACCAGCCAGGAAGAGGCGGGUCCCUUUUGGGAAGAGAUCAGCUGAGAUAGAGGUGGCCAAUUCUGCCUCGGUGUGCUUUACAGCAUUGCUGUUCCUUGGGGGCUGCUGUUUCCCCCGCCUGCGAAAUUGCAGUCACGAACCAGGGUUACUGGCCAAGAAAUGAAGCUUAUCUGGGUAAUGGGCUUCCCCCAGAUUUCCUCCGUUAACACCCUCUGGAGAGUGGAACAAUGCGCCCGCUCUUUGCUGCUCCCGCCCUGCGAAAAAGCAGCCAGCGCUAGAGGACGGUCUAGGACGGGCAUGCAAAGGGCAGAAGGUUUUAAAACUCUGGGGCCAGCAUUCUAGUCCUCAGCCAGGAGCCGGAAGUCAAAGGAGAUGGGGCAGAUCUCCAGAUGUUGGGCCAGCACAGCGAAGGGAUGCUGGGAAUAAUUCUCCACCAACAUCUGGAAGCCGUAGGUCCCUCCCCCCAGAGCCCUGGCAUCCCCUUCCAAAGAGACUAGGGUACCUCUGACUCAAGGGCUGGGAAUCCCCCGUUGCCCUAAACCAUGGUUGGUUUGCUGGUGGCUUGGCUCAUAUCAACCCAGCAAUUGUGGUCUGUAAACCCAAGUUUACAACUCAGCAGGAGAACCUCAGGACAGUCCAGCCACUCCAUCUGUGGGUAGGAGGGGUCCCUCUGUCCUAAGGCUCUUUCCAGUGGGGUUAAGACUUCUGUGGAGCCUCUAGGUUCCAGCGCAGUCUACCCCAAUGUGUCAUUGGCAGGGGGAGAGCACAUCCAGUGGAAAAACGAGCCACAAAAGGGGAAAAAAGUAAUUGCCGGAUGUUGACCAUCAGGGUCUUUCUGCCUGCGUGUGGCUGGGGCCAAGCGGCAUCUUUUAGGGCUCCUGCUUCAAGUUGCAGGAAGCUCUGCCUCCUGCACCAGCCCUCCCUUCCCCAAACCAAUCCUCGAUCUUUGCUCCUCUUUCAGCCAAUCUCAUUUUUAUUGUCUUUUUACCUUGUCCUCCUGCAAUCUUGUUUUUGUAUUUUUGAAAGUGUUUUGAUAGUGGUGAUAUUGUUUUAACUAUUGGUUGUACGCUGCCCAGAGGUGGGCAGCUAUAUAAAUGUGUUAAAUAAAUAAAUAAAGUGCAAUGACACCCCGAACGCCAGCAUCCAGAGCCAUG